UUUCCCGUAUAUCGACCUAAUGGUUCUUUUGCGUUUUUGCUUCUGUUGGUUAUUCGUUUGUUUUGCGAUCACUGAUGUGGUGGAUGCAACAGGUGCUUACUUGACACAUUCUCUCGUGAAAAUUCGCCCUUUUGAGAGUGUUUCUGGGAAGGAUAGUGUGAGUCUGUCUGCGUGUCGUAAUGAGUAUGAAAGCAUGCAAGUCAUUCUUGUCGGUCAAUUGGAUGAUGCUAAUGUUUCAAUGGAGAUACCAUGGCCAUGUUCAAAGAACAUUUGUCAUGUGAUCUACAGAGUUGAAUAUCUCAAUAUCACUGAUGUAUCUGGCUGCCAAGGAAACGUUGGCAUGUGGCCUGAUGCACUUAUCCCGCAUAUGGAUGUUUUCUAUAAUGAAUCACGACGAGGAUUUCCCAUUCAUGUUCCACAAAACGAAAACAGAGUGGUGUGGAUCGAUGUGUUUAUACCACCUGAAACAAUGCCUGGCGUAUAUGAGGGCAAAGUUUCUGUACGGUCUUCAAGUCUUUCAAAGCCAGUGAAGUUGUCAUAUACCGUGACAGUGUGGAGUGCAACUCUUCCUUCAAAAUCUUCAUUUGUGACCUCAUUCGGCUUUAAUUCAACUGCAGCUCUAUUGGCUCAUAAUCAGUCUAAUAAUGCAACAGCAAAGGUGGCACUGACUCGGCUCUAUCUUGAGUCUGCGCUGAUGAACAGGAUCACUCUAGGCAAUUUUCUUGAUUCAGAUAUAGCCAUAAAUUCAAGAAAUCGUAUUCAUUGGCAAACCAUUAAGAGUAACUGGCAACAAUUCUUCUUUAGUACCGAUCUUCCAUUUGGCCUUCAAGGAGCUGCGGUCACAUCUAUAUCUGUUCCAACUCCAUUCUGCUGGAAUUUCUCAAACGUAAAUCCUGCAUGUGAUAAGAAAGAACAAGUUAGUUUCUGGAAGGAGGUUUCUAAUUAUUUUGACAACGAAAGUAUGAGUCCUCUGUUGUAUGACUACACAUUUGAUGAGCCAAAGAACGAAGAUGCAUGGAAUAAUAUUUGUGAUCGAGUUCAUAAUCUUCGCAAAGCAAACUCAACAUUGAAAUCACUUGUGACAACAGAAAUAAACAAAGCUCGACGCCACAACGUUUCUGCUCUUAUUGAUAUCCUGGUUCCUAUCAUUAACUAUGUUGAUCCCAAGCCAGGAUGCAACAAUACACAGAAUAACACUCAAUGUAACUCAUAUGAUACGUGUAAGUAUCUCUGGUGGUAUCAGUCGUGUAUGUCACAUGGAUGUGAGCGUGAACCUGACUGUAAUGACGGUAAUGGCUGUUCAAAAGACUGGCCAUCAUACAUGAUUGACCGAUCAGCUAUCAGUAACCGUGUUAUGUCAUGGCUGUCAUAUCUCUAUGAAAUGCAAGGAGAGCUGUACUGGGGAACUAAUUAUAUUGAUGAGAUUGGGGAUGCAUGGAAGGACCAAUUUCAUUAUGAAGGCAAUGGAGAUGGCACGUUGUUCUACCCAGGAUAUCCAACUAAAAUUGGAGGGAACCAUAGCAUUCCAAUUGAAUCAAUACGAAUGAAACAAAUCCGAGAUGGAUUAGAAGACUUGGAAAUGUUCCGGCUACUCGAAACACAAAAUGGAAGUCGACAGGCUGUGUUGGAUCUGAUAAAAGAUGUUGUUCACAGCACAUUUAGCUUUACAGACAAUCCUGAUGUAAUGCUCAAAGCCAGACAAACCGUUGGAAAUAAACUACAGGAUCAUUCUCAUGAAAACAUUUGCACUUUCAUGUAUAUGAAGUCUUUGAGUUUGCCAUAGCAAAUGUUCUCACAUGAUACUAUCUUUGUUGUUACUCGUGUGUUCUUCUUAUGAGGUCAAGCUAUUAGAAGUAUAGCUGGAAGACGGUGAUCUAGUAAGUGACAAGGUAGCAAUGCAAUACUCUAGCACCAAUAAUAGUCUAACCACAAAGUACUGUCUAAAUGGUUUGCUCUAAAUGUUUAUGGAACAUCACAAACCUCUCCCUGCUUUAAUAGGGA